AUGGCGGACAGGGAAGGUGGGCGAGAAAGCGGCAAGGAGAGAGGUGGUGGAGAUCGCAAGCGACGACGAUCACGAUCGAGGAGCCCUACGCGCGAAUCUUCGAGCAGGAGGCGCCACGAGGAACGGGACUCGAAGCAUAAGAGUUCACGAGAACGCUCUCCGUAUCGCAGCGCGAAGGAGGGAGAGGGAAAGGGCGAGAGAGGGGGUUCGGCGACGCAGGUUAGUCGGAAGGCCAAGGGGCCUCUCCCGUCACAAGCGUCGUCGUUCCAGGCAGGUGGGAAUACCGAGGGGGCCGUUGUCGUUGCGGAGGAAGUGGAGAAGCAGCUGCCAAACUUCAAGCCCACGGGGUUGUUGGCUGCGGCGUCGAAUUCGGUUACACAGGCUGAUGGAUCGGCGAUUGCGCUCAAGUACCAUGAGCCGGCCGAAGCACGGAAAGCACCUGCGAGGGACGAGUGGAAGUUAUUUGUUUUCAAGGGAAGCGAUAUUUUGGAGACAAUUAACCUCAGUCUGAGGAGCUGCUGGUUGGUGGGAAAGGAGGUGGCCGUUGUUGACAUGGCUGCUGAGCAUCCGAGUGUCAGUCGACAACAUGCGGUCAUUCAAUUCAGGUACAUUGAGAAGAAGAACGAAUUUGGGGACAAGACUGGAAGAGUUCGGCCAUACCUGAUCGAUUUGGAAUCUGCGAAUGGGACAUUGCUGAACAAGGAGAACAUCCCGCCUAGUCGAUAUUUGGAGCUGAAGGACAAGGACAUGAUCCAGUUUGGACAUAGUACAAGGGAGUACGUCUUGAUGCUAUCGAAGGCCUGA